CAUGCGGUGGACAUUGAAGCGUGAUGUUGUCAGUGCAAAGUGAGAACAUAACCUCAAAAGUACGCGAGUUUGGAUUACAGUGAUCAUGACUGCUGUGGACUUCAUGUAUCGCUCGUCGGUAGACAUGCUGAUCACAACGUGUCCCCGAUGUCGCCACGAGUUCCCACUGCCCACCACAUGUUGCCACCCCCUGGUGACGCUCCAGCUGCCCCCGGAGGCGGCGUGUACUGUCACAGUUCACCCCCGCCGUGUACAUGUCGGCAUGACUGGAGGCGGCAUCGUCCACGAGCAGGACAACUCCACCUCCAACGUUUUCCUGCAGAAGGUGACAUCAAACUGUGGAGGAAGACUGAUAGUGAACACUCCUCAAGAUCUUCUGGGAUCCACCACCUCCAGUGGAGGAAGCCUACUGGGCAACUCUCAAGAAGACCUUUCCUCUGUUACCGCAAAUUGUGGAGGAAGAUUGACAAACGCUCAAGAAGAUCUUUCCCCCUCCACCCCAGUGGCGUUUGUGAUUCCCACCCCAUGUAACCCUUGGGACAAGAGGCUCCCCUUGGAGUCGGACUUAGAAAGGCUUUCGUCGACAGUGAAAGCGUUGAGGACUUCCGGUUGGUACUACGAGGGGCUCAGUUGGCAAGAGAGUGCGGGUUUGCUUGCGCCAACUGCUCCUGGAACAUUUCUAGUACGCGACUCCUCAGAUCCUAGGUUCCUUUUUUCACUCAGUGUGCAAACCGAGAGAGGUCCAACGAGUGUACGCCUGCACUACCACGAAGGACAUUUCAGGCUGGACGCUGCGCAGAAGUUGAUUCCGCUCAUGCCGGUGUUUCGUUGUGUCGUCGAACUGGUACAGUACUACGUGACGACAACGACUACGAAAGAGAAGAAGAUGAAGGGGAGAGAGCAGGUGUGGAUAGACUGUAGUGGACAAACGUAUUCUAGUAUCCUACUGACCAAGCCACUUCUCCAGCGGGGCAAAAUCCCCAGUCUACAGCACCUCGCGAGGCUGGAGAUCAACAAAUUAAAGGCCAACGGUCAAUCAGUUCCUACGCAUGAAUUACCAGAUUGUCUUCACAGGUAUUUGGCAGACUACCCGUUUAUCCAGUGAUAUGUAGCUUUACUAGGUUAGGUAGCGUUACUCAUACCUUGGUAGCGAUUAUUGAAUUUUUUUUAUUUUCCCUAAGAUUCUAGUAAACGACUCUGGCAAGCUUUAAUACAUGAAAUAUUAGUGAAUUGAUAAUACUUGAAAUUUUAUGUUUUGUUUUACAUUUAGUCAUGAGUAAUUUGUAAAGUUAAACCAAUAUUAAAACACAAUUAGGCAUAUGGGUUGAAAGAAGUUGAUUCUAACCAAUGAAAACUCAAGUUGAUCUAUCUUUUUGUAUGAGGUGUGAUUUUUUUUGCUCCAGUCGCUGCCAGGUUUGAUCGUAACAUAGUAUACAAUAAUUAUCCUGCUGUACCUAAAAUGUAGACUUCAUGAAAUAGAACAAAUUGGAUAUUUUUCACUACAUUUAGAACAGGACUAGUAAAUAGAGGGGAAAUACAUUAUUUCUCUUAGUUAUGUGGAAUUUAAAAAGCUCCUGUGAUCAAAUAUUUGUCCAAAUAUAGCCUAUGAUUAACUUUAACAUUACACAUUAACUUAUUUGUUAUUUAAUAUAUAUUUGUACUUGAUCACGCCCUCUGCUAUGUUCCCUAUGAAGUGCUGUAUUUUAGGUAUAACCUUAGGGCUGUACCUAAAACAAGCUGCGAUGCAUUUCGUGGAUUCAGCAAGCAAAGAUGCUGUAAUGACAUAAUUAUGAUUAAUAUUAUAGAUAACUCAAUUUAUAAUGAUGGCUUUUGCUUACUGAUAAUCCAGAGGGUAAGAUAAGGUGUUCCAAGAGCUUGAAAAAAUUAAACAUGUUAAUACAUACAUAUAUACCGAAGUUGAAAUAUACGUCAUACAUAAAGAUAUCUUAGAUAAUAAUAUUCUGUACGUAGUUUGAGCAUUAAUUCCUAUAUUUAUCCAUCACCUCAUCCUAAAUAUUUAUUUCCAUCCAUGUCUUUGUUCUGUCCUUUUAUCAUCUUUAAUUCUUUAAAAAAUUAUGACAAUUUGAAACUUUGAAAGACAGCUUAUAUUUUUGGCUUAUUAAAAUAUGUAAUUUGGUACCUUUAAGCAUUUGGUUGUGAUUGUUUUCCAUUUUUAAUGUUUCCCCGAAUUCCACAAAUUCGGAGAUCUGUUAAAUAGCGGUGCUAUUUUAGUCCAUUUUGUUCGUAAUUUGACACACUUUUAAUUUUUUUUAAACAUUUGUAUUGUUAUUUCUGUAACUUGAUUUAGUAUUAUUUAUUUAGUAGGCUUAGACAAUAAAUGACCAAUUAAUUUAAUAUUUCGCAUGUUAAAUUAUGAUUUUGCACUCAUGUUAUUGUUUUUUUUUUACUUGUGUAUUUAUUAUAUUUAGUAUUAUUAUGAUUUCUGCGGAAGUUGUUAGUCCUGUACAUAUGUCUAUAUUGCAUCUCGUGUACAUACGGCUGUUUUUUUAUUAAUGGAUCGAUUGUU